AUCGUCCCGAUUCGUACGGUCCUUACUCCUUAAACACGUGUUAAAAGCUUACAAUUUUUUUCUUACUGUUUUUGGUUAUAACUUUAAUACAUUAUUUUAUAAAAACAGUUCUUUCAUCGAAGCGGUCAGUGAUAAUAUGUUGAUUCGGAAAGCAUGAAAUUGAAUCACUUUCAGAAAGUCUUCAUUGGAUGGUCAAUUGUUAUUACUGGUGGUCUUUAUUCAUUUGUCCUAUCAAAGCGAUAUGUCGAUUCCAAACGUUAUGAUAGUAUGAAAGCUAGAGAACGUAUACGACUAUCAAAUAUAGGAGAAUACGAUCCGAGUUCGAGGAAAUUCUAA